CCAUACGUGGAAAUGUGUGUGUGAGAAGGUGCAUCUUGAAGCAGGGUUUAGUUACAAUCGAUCUUGGGGGGAAAAUAUUGCCUAUGGUCCAAAAAUAAGGAGCAACUAUGUCCUUCUCUCAGUUCGGAUACCCCUACAGCACCACUUCACAGUUCUUCGUGCCCGCCAGCCCCAGCACGACCUGCUGCGAGGCCGCCCCCCGCUCCGGGCCGGAUGCCUCCUCGGCGCCGGCCGCCGCCUCCCUCUGCUGCGCCCCGUACGAGAGCCGGCUGCUGGCGCCCGGCCGCGCCGAGCUCAAUGCCGCGCUGGGCAUGUACAGCGCCCCGUACGCCGCCGGCCAGGGCUACGGCAACUACCUGCCCUACGGCGCCGAGCCCGCUGCGCUCUACACCGCGCUGAACCCCCAGUAUGAAAUCAAAGACGGCGCCGGCACGUUGCACUCGGGAAUCGCGCAGCCCGCUACCUACUACUCCUACGAUCAUUCCUUGGGGCAGUACCAGUACGACAGCAGGUACGGGACGGUGGAUUUCGGUGGUUCAGCCAGACGCAAAAAUGCAACGCGAGAGACGACGAGUACUCUCAAGACCUGGCUGUACGAGCACCGCAAAAACCCCUACCCCACCAAAGGAGAGAAAAUCAUGCUGGCUAUCAUCACUAAAAUGACCCUGACGCAAGUGUCCACUUGGUUUGCUAACGCCAGACGGAGGCUUAAGAAAGAAAACAAAAUGACCUGGUCUCCCAAGAACAAAGCCGGGGAAGAGAGGAAAGAAGAUACCCCGAGAGAAGAGGAUGAAUACAGUGCGGAGGGUGAAGGCAGAGAGCAGAAGAGCUACAAGGAGGACAAGGACCUGCGGUUCAGCGACCUGGAGGAGGAGGAAGAGGAGGAGGAGGAGGAGGCGGGGAAGCCGGAGAAGGGCCGGACCAGCUCCCUGCAGGAAGCCCCCAGCCUGGGCGCGGCGCUGCCCGAGGCUCCGCGGAGCGACUGCAGCCUGCCCGGCCCCUUCCACGCCUUUCCUUGUGCCAAGGCCCCAGCCGCGGACUUCGCCCCCGCCUCCUUGGCCGGCCCGCCGCCGCCCUACGCGCCCGCGGAGAAGCCGCGCAUCUGGUCGCUGGCGCGCACCGCCGGGGCCAGCGCGGCGCGCAGGGGCAGCCCCGAGGGCCGCGGCGCGGAGGGAGGCGGCGGCGCGGCGGGGGAGCAACCUCCGCCCGCCAAGGCCUUCCGGAGCUCCGCUUUCAACCUGCAGCCGCUCCCGCGAAGCUGCGCGUCCCACCGCGGCCUGGGGGAGCCGUGCCAGUUCGCGGCGGCGGGCGAAGGCUUCGGGCGGGGCGCUAAGGGCGGCCCGGGAGGCUCCGAGCUGGGUGGGACCUGCCUGGAAAGGCUGCGGACGGCGUUUCGGCCCGUGCUGCGGAGGUGAGGUAGGUG